UUAGGCUUGGAUGUUAUGUGAAUUAAGUAUGUGACAAGUUUUUUUUUUUUGUUAAUAUUUGAAUAAACUUAUUGUAUUGUCGUAUUUUUAUAAAAUUUACUAGUCAUAAAAUCAAUAAUGUUGGGGCUAAUUGUUUCAGGACGAUUGGUUCAAACUGAUUUUCAACAAGUUGGAGAAAAUCAAUUUUUAACUACAAUAACUGAUGCUGAUAAUGUUAAUCAUAUAGUUGUAUUUUUAACCGGUCAAAUGCCUUUACCCGAUGGAUAUGCAGGAUUAGUGUAUUUUAGCUGGCCAGAUCCCAAUGCUCCACCAAAUUGGCAAUAUUUGGGUCAUAUAUCAAAUGCAAAACCAUCUGCAAUAUUUAAACUAUCAACAUUAAAAAAAUUACAUGAAAUGGGUGACACAACAAAUUAUGCAUUUGGUACUCAACAAAUAUGCCACAACGCUCAAAUCGGUGUAUCAAUUGAAUUAAUUUCAAAUGUACCGCCAGAACAACCACAAACGAAUAAUUAUGUGACAUUUGGACAGAAAAUGUUAGAGAAUUUAUUUAAUUAUGUUGCUAGUUUUGCACAAUCUCAAUCCCAGAUGUUACCGAAUCCUAGUGAAACAUAUGUACCAAUAUCAACAUUACAAACGUGGUAUACAAACUUUGAGCGACGUUUAAUAUCGAAUCCAAACUUUUGGAAAACUUAAUAUAUAUAAUAUUUAUAUAUAUUUUUGUGAUAAUUAACUAUAAAUAUGUACGAAUAUGUGUUUUUUUAUUUAUAUAACAAAUGUUUCAUUUAAUAGUAUGCGUGGCUUGCAAGAAAACAAGGUGAACGCAUGUACACAUGGAACAUGAAUAGUCAAAUAUGUGCUUUGGCAAAUUAGGCUAUUUUCCACAUGCAAGUGCUAUCAACAAAUUUUUUUUUGCGAAAAAUUAGGCUAUUUUUAAGCAUUUGUAAUAAGUUUCUAUUUAUGAGUAAUAAAUAUAAUAAUAAGUUUAGUAAUUUAA